GUUUUUAUUAUUUAAAUAUUAUAAGUAGCAUUAAAAUGAUGCUAUUUCUGAAUUAAUUUUAAAAAUGAAAAUUUGUUAAGCUUUAUUAUGGUUUAAUCAUUAUUAAUCUCAGACUAUUUAAUUUCAUCACUAUAAGUCGUUAAAAUGCCAGAUUCCCGUCUUUUGCAACCAAUUAUUGUUUGUGUUAUUUGUCUUAUGCUGGGUUCGAUGGCACUAUUAUACAGACACAAUAAAAUUAACAACCAACACGUGCACUUGCAUAAAAGGCAAGCAGUAAAAAGAAUUCUCAUGGGAGGAAUGGUUACACAAAAUGUACACACAAAAGACGAGAUCUUCCAAAGAGCAGCUGUAGCUACAGACAAUACAGAGUGUAGCUUGGUCGGGAAAAAAAUAUUAGUUAAAGGUGGCUCUGCUGUAGACGCAGCUAUUGCAGCAUUACUUUGUUUAGGAGUUAUUAACAGCCAUAGUACUGGAAUAGGUGGAGGAGGGUUUAUGAUGGUAUACAUAAGAGAAUUAAAGAAAGCAACAGUAAUUGACUUUAGAGAAACUGCCCCAAGUAAAGCUCAUGAAAAUCUUUUUGGUGGUGACGCUAACAAUGGAAUUAGAGGUGGAUUAGCAGUUGCCGUACCGGGUGAGCUUCGGGGUAUGCAGCUAGCUCACGAAAAAUUUGGAAAACUGCCUUGGAAAGAUCUUUUUGAACCAGCAAUCAAACUCGCAAAAGAAGGUUUUCAUAUAACUGAUUCUCUACAAAUUGCAUUAAAUAAAUGGAAAAAAGAUGUAUUUGACGAACCUUGCCUAAGAAAGUUGUUCGUCCGCAAAGGAAAACUUCUUUCAAAAGGUGAUCGGGUUAAAAAUGUAGCUUUAGCUAAAACAUUAGAGAAAAUUGCUGCACAUGGAAAUGCUGAUGUGUUUUACAAAGGAAAACUUGCAAAACAAUUUGUAAAAGAUGUAAAAAAGAAGGGUGGUAUAAUAACCGAGAAAGAUUUACAUGGAUACACACCAAUUAUUCGAACGCCAUUACAGAGCACUCUCGGCAAUUUCAGUUUACUUACUGCUCCUCCUCCCGCAAGUGGACCAAUACUAGCUUUAAUAUUAAAUAUACUUAAAGGUUACAAUAUGACCGAAGAGUUUGAAAAACAACAACCUGAAAUCGUUUACCAUAGAAUGAUAGAGGCUUUUAAAUUUGCAUAUGCAAGGAGAACUGAGUUAGCCGAUCCUGAUGUUGAAAAAAGUACAAUGAAAAUUGUUCAUAACUUACUAGACGAAAGUCUUGCUAAAAAAAUACGUAACCAAAUAAACGACAGUCGUACGUAUAAUAUUUCUCACUACGGUGGAAAGUAUUUUCAGAAAGUUACAACUGGAACAACUCAUUUGGUUGUGGUCGGACCAAACGGAGACGCCGUUACUGUAAUGAGUACAGUUAACGGAUAUCUUGGAGCAAAGUUUCGUUCGUGCAAACUUGGUUUUAUUUACAAUAACGAAAUGGACGACUUUAGUACUCCUGGAAUAUCAAACGAGUUUGGGUUACCCCCAUCAGAAGAAAACUUUAUAAAACCAGACAAACGUCCAAUGUCAAGUUCAGUCCCUGUAAUCUUAUUGGAUAGUCAUAAGAAUGUUAGAUUAGUAACAGGAGGAUCCGGAGGAUCAAUAAUAACAACUGCAGUUGCUCAAGUUAUUAUGAAUCACCUCUGGUUUGGAAUGAGCAUGAGAGAUGCAGUUCAGCAACCAAGGGUUCACUCCCAACUUGUACCAAGUGUUGUGUACGUAGAACCAAGAAUGCCAGAAAAAGUAUUAGAGGAAUUAAAGAAGAGAGGACAUAACGUACGCGUAACUGAUGAAAGUCAUGCAGUUGUUCAAGCCAUUGCACGAGUAGACAGUCAAUGGAAAUCUAUUUGUAAAAAAGGAAAUAUUGAAAAUACAUUAUUAGGUAAAAUUUGUUUGCAAAAUAAUCAAGAUCAAGAAGCAUUGUUUGCCGAAUCUGACUUUCGUAAAGGUGGAACUCCAGCUGGUUUUUGAACUACGAUAAAGGAUUAAAUAGAAAUAUAGAAAAACCAGAUUAAAAACGGAAUUCUUAUAAGUUAUAGGACCGCAAGUAAUGUGACGUUGUAGGAAUGUGUGUGGUACAAUGAAUGCGACGUUGUAUGAAUGUGGAAUUUGAGUGACAGCAAAAAAAAAAAUUAAAUGAACUAUGUAAAUAAAUAAAAAUUUAAAACUAUAAA